UUUGUGCUAUUAAAAUCAAAUUCCCUACCAAGCUGCCAUUUCAUUUUCUCAACCCUCUUCAUCAUAUCUUCAAAACCUCUGUUGCUGACACCAAAAAAUAAAAGACUUGCCACUUUUUAAAAAGUCCUCAUCACUUAAUAAUCUUAAAUAAUUGUCACCAUAUUACAUGGGAAGACAUUCUUGCUGCUAUAAGCAGAAGUUACGAAAAGGCCUUUGGUCUCCUGAAGAAGAUGAGAAAUUGCUCAAUUAUAUCACCAAACAUGGCCAUGGAUGCUGGAGUUCUGUUCCGAAACUCGCAGGGUUGCAAAGAUGUGGAAAAAGCUGCAGAUUAAGAUGGAUUAAUUACUUGAGGCCUGAUUUGAAAAGAGGAGCAUUUUCACAGCAAGAAGAGAAUUUAAUCAUUGAACUCCAUGCAGUUCUUGGCAAUAGGUGGUCACAGAUUGCAGCACAGUUACCAGGGAGGACCGACAAUGAAAUCAAGAAUUUAUGGAAUUCUUGCAUUAAAAAGAAGCUGAGACAGCGAGGAAUUGAUCCGAAUACUCAUAAGCCGCUGUCCGAAAUUGAGAAUGUGAAGGAGAUUAAACAGAAUUCAAAUCCUAAACAUACCGAGAAAAAUUCAUCUGAUGAACCAGCAGCAGCAACAAAUUCAAAUAAUGAUAACUUGGCACAGACUCCACCGCCAACUCAAGAGUUUUUCACAGACAGAUUUGCUAAUGAAGGGUAUUUUCCUUUUCAGAAACUGAAUUACAGGCCUAAUACUUCAAAUUCUAACAUCUGUUUCAAUCCAAAUUCUUCAUCUUCUGACCAAAUGAUUAAUAAUAACAAUUCUGAGUUUACUCAAACUAUUCUCCCAUCAAUAUCGACUUCAAUGUUUCAAACCCCGAUUCGCGUAAAGCCGUCGCUGAAUCUCCCAUCAGAAUCUCAUUCUGAUGGCAUCAAUUGGGAAGCUAAUAACAGCUUCAUUCUUGAAAAUGAUGUUGAAGAGAUUAAAUGGUCGGAGUUUUUAAGUAACAGUCCAUUUUUUCUUGGAAAUAAUGGACUUCAGAACCAGACUUCUCAAGCUAUGUACAGUAAUGAAGUUAAAGCAGAAACUCAGUUUAUUACAGAAGGGUCGAGCUGGCAACAAAAUCAUCAUCUUCCUCAUCAACCACCUUCAUCGCAGCCGUCGGAUAUCUACACUAAAGAUUUGCAGAGACUUGCUGUGGCUUUCGGACAAACUCUUUAGAUUGUGUUUCAUUAAAAUGUGCAGAGUCUAAUUCAGUUAUAGUUUUUAUUUUAUUUUUUUGAGUUGGUAAAAAAAAAAAUUGUGUUUUCUUUUCUUUUACAGGUGUGUUCUUACAGAUUUUUUCUUGUUAUUUCUUGUAAAUUAUGUGUCUGAUCAUACAUAAAAUUUGUUCGGUCUUUUAUUACUAAA